AUGGUGACGGUGGCCAGCGUGAUGCCGGGAAAGCUGCAGGUGAAGAUGUCGAGGGGUAUCAACAUCGUGGCAGACUGCGCCAUCGAGGACUGCAAAGGUAUGGAGUGGGAUGCCAUCGCACUGCCCGGAGGCAUGCCUGGGGCGGAGCACCUGCGAGACUGCGCCGCCCUGACCGACCUCCUGAAGGAGCAGUCCAGCAAGGGAAAAGUCACUGCUGCUGUGUGCGCGUCGCCAGCAGUCGUGUUCGGCACACAUGGCUUACUCCCUGAGAAAUCCACGUGCUAUCCCAAGUUCAAGGAUGUGGUCGGGGCAGGAUGGCAGGAUGCUCAAGCCGUGAUGGACGGCCACAUCAUCACUAGCCAAGGCCCUGGAACCAGCAUCCAGUUCGCGCUGAAGAUCGGCGAGAAGCUCUGUGGCAAGGACAAGGCCGAAGAGGUCGCCAAGGGCAUGCUCGUGGACUACGUCGUGUGA